GGCACCCACAGUCAGCCAGCGCCGGGUGGCCUUUGCUUGCUGACUGGCAGGAGAAGGCCUGGCUGUCCAGGGCGAUGGCCAGCGAGGGAAACUUUGGUCCCGCUGGGACAAAAGAGAUGAAAAGGGAGCUGUCUGCCGCAGAAACACCAUCCCUCUCUGCUACAGACGAGCUGGGCCAGCUGCCAGACAUGACUUCUCCUGGCCCUCCAGGACACGGGGAAAGAGAACCCCGUGACGCUGCCGGGCGAGCGAUAAAGGAGGAGCGGGAUGUCCAACCUGGCAGCGAUGGACACGAGGCCAAACAAGUCCCUCCUGUUUCCCCCAAGGGAGCAGGCAAAGCCAAUCACUUCUCAUCCCUCUCCUUUCCGGAGAAGCUUUGGAAAAUGGUGGAAAGUGACCAGUUUCGGUCCAUUUGGUGGAGUGAGGGUGGAAAAUAUGUGGCCAUCAAUGAAGAACUCUUCAAAGAGGAGGUGCUGGGCAGGGAAAGACCUCUGCGGGUUUUUGCCACGCAGAAGAUGAAGAGCUUCCUUUGACAGCUGAACUUCUAUGGAUUCACCAAAGCGCGACAGGAUUUCCAAAGAUCUGCUUCCCUGCCUGAGUUCCUGGCAGAAGAAGACGCAGCUUCUGCUCACAGCCAGACACUCUACUACUACAACCCCACCUUUAACAGAGAGCAUCCCCACCUGCCGGAAAAGUGCAAGAGGGGAGUUGGCCUCAAACGGAGAGCCCCGCGUGCACCAGAGGUGGAUGAAGGGCACCCCUCCAGAAGCCCAGAUGGCCAGCCUGCAAGGGACACGCAGGCGUCUCCACCCAUGACGAUCGCACCCACCAAGCGACGGGCUGAAGCACCUCCCGGCCUCGGCAGCGCCCAUCCAUCUCCACUGGCAGCUGGCCCCAGGCUUCCAGAGCCUGCCAGAGCAGCAGGCAUCGAGAGGUUCACCCCUCUGGCCGCCUUCUUUCUAACACCACCAGGCAGCCAAACCCCACAUGGCCUGCGCCGUGCUGCUCCGUGGUUUGCCAUGCCCAUGCUGGCAGCAGCCUCAGCUCUGCCGAAGCCAAGGCCACCCCACGGCCAAAGCCCCAGAGUCCGCCACUGCCCCACCUGCACCUGCAGCCCCAGCCCUGCAGACGCAGGCAACGCCGGUGGACCCCAGCACGGCACGUACUAGAGAGAACGCAGAGAGUCGUCAGCAAGUCAACGGUGUCUAAUUAAUAGUGUUCUUAAGAGAUAGAGCUUAAUAGACUUAGUAAGAAACAGAGCUUAGAAGAGUUGGUAAUAAACCAUUGGAAUAAUAAACCUUU